ACUAGGCGGAACCUCCCGGGCCUGGAAGGACGCGAGCUCAGAGCUCCAGAAGGGUCUGCCGAAAAGCUCAGCAGCGGCAAGACCAGUAGCCUGGAGUCGCCAAGCUGGAGUUGGAAGUGGAGUUCCGUGGGUUCAGGGCUGCGGCUGCUGGGCAGCGCCUCCUCCAGACCGAGACCCCAGCGCAGAAUGACCAGGAGGCGGUGGCCUCCCGGCGGAGUGGCCGGGCCAGGAGCGCGCUGCGCUGGUUCUCCACCGCGGUCCUGUACGCCGCCUUCCUGGGGCUGGGGAUGACUGUUGCCAUAUUGGGACCCACGUUUCCAGACCUGGCAAGAAACGUGAACCGCAACAUCAGUAGUCUUUCUGAAAUCUUCGUGGGCCGCGCCCUCGGCUACUUGUGUGGCUCUGUGGUUGGUGGGGUGCUUUUCGACUGCAUGAAUCAUUUUAUACUUUUAGGAGCGUCAAUGUUGGCUACCACAGUUGGCCUUUAUCUUAUUCCCUUCUGCAAGACGGCAACAUUACUGAUUGUCAUGAUGUCCGUGUUUGGUGUCUCAUUUGGCGCUCUGGAUACAGGUGCAAAUGUUCUCAUUUUGACUCUUUGGGGGGACAAAGGAGCCCCAUACAUGCAGGCCUUGCACUUCAGUUUCGCCUUGGGUGCCUUUCUAGCUCCCCUGCUGGCUAAGUUGGCCUGGGGUACCACAGCAUCUGCUCAGAACCACACCGAGUCCGACUUUAACUCUCUAAUGCUGAACCGAUCCUCCAAAGCCUCCUCAGACUCUGUGUUUGCGGUACCCGAUGACAUGAAUCUGCUGUGGACAUAUGCUUCUAUUGGCACCUAUGUUCUAGUAGUUUCUGUCUUCCUGUUUGGUCUGUUUUGUAAGAAAAGCUCAAAGCAGAAAAAGUCCUCAGCAUCUGCUCAGGGAGCUCGAAGGGCUAAAUAUCACUGGGCCCUGCUAUGCCUCCUCUUCCUCUUUUUCUUCUUCUAUGUGGGAGCCGAGGUGACCUACGGCUCUUUUGUAUUCUCCUUUGCCACCACCCAUGUUGGCAUGGAAGAGAGUGAGGCAGCUGGCUUGAACUCCAUCUUCUGGGGGACCUUUGCAGCCUGCAGGGGUCUGGCCAUCUUCUUUGCGACAUUCUUAAAGCCUGGAACCAUGAUUGUUCUGAGCAACAUUGGCAGCCUGGCCUCGUCUUUAUUUCUGGUGCUUUUUGACAAGAGCCAUCUCUGUCUCUGGAUCGCGACGUCUGUGUAUGGAGCCUCCAUGGCAACCACGUUUCCCAGCGGCAUCUCCUGGAUUGAGCAGUACACCACCUUAACUGGGAAAUCUGCAGCAUUCUUUGUAAUUGGUGGUACCCUGGGAGAAAUGGCCAUCCCUGCAUUGAUUGGAAUUCUUCAAGAACACUACCCGGAUCUGCCAGUGGUUCUGUACAUAUGUCUGGGCUCAGCCAUAUUCACGGCUGUUCUAUUUCCUGUGAUGUAUAAAUUAGCCACCUUACGUCUGUAAUGUGAAUGAAAGGAAAACAUCUCGGGGUUAGAACACUCUGCCUUUUAGAUGUGGCCCAUCAAGAAAAGAAUGAAUGGAAAGGCACAGAAGAGUACCAUGGGAUGGAUUUUGAAGUAGAUGAACAAUGCAGAGAAGCAGUCUGCAUCAGUUGUCUAGAAACCCAGCCUUGGUGUCCUCACCAACUACUCUCAGGACCGUUGCUUUGGAUUAACGGUACUGUUCAUCCUUCUGUGAAAUGCUGUGUUCAGUUUUUUUAUUUGUAAUUGUGACCAAUACUUGACAAGAAGCCAAGGAAGGGCUUAUUUUGUCUCACAGUUUGAGGGUGCAGUCUAUCAUGGAGGGGUGAACACAGUUACAAGAGGCUCCAUGUGUCAGGAGUGGGGGCUGGGACCCUCAUGCCUUUGCAUCUUGGUAGAACAGGAUGAGAGAGAAGAACAAAAGUGUGGCCUGAUGCAAAAUCCUCAAGCCUUGUCCCCCGUGAUGCACUUCCUCCCUACGAGCCCCACCUCCUCCUGGAGAGCCCCACCUCCUCCAGGGGAGCCCCACCUCCUCCAGAAGAGCCCCACUUUCUCCUGAGGAGCCCCACUUCCUCCAGAGGAGCCCCACUUCUUCCAGAGGAGCUCCACUUCCUCCAGGGGAGCCCCACUUCCUAAGAUUCCACAAUUCUCUAAAACAUUGCCCCCAGCCAGGAAUCAAAUGUUGAAACAGAUAAGCCCGUGGUGGGGUCAUUUCAUAUUCAAGCUAUAGCAAGUACCUUGUCAGAAACCAGGCCAAAAGGCUACUACUUAGAGAAGACCGAGUUCUUCCUGAUUCUCUGUUCCUUGUGGAACAGAAAUUGAAGGGUCAAACUCAGGCCUCCGCAUGGACUAGCCCAGUACUCUACCAACCUUCAGAUCUUCAGCCCCUGGUUUUCAUGAGUCCACACUUCUAAAUAGGCCAACCAGAGACCAUCAGCAAAGUUUCAGUGGCCUCUGGGGAUUUAGGUUCCAAGGUCUAUGUGUAGGAAAUGCUAAAAUGGUUUGGAUUGCAGCAUGUUACAUAAGUAUUUCAUGGUUUUGUAAUCUUAAUUUCUUGUGAUGAGGCUCCUGUUUUGUCAGGGGUCAUUAGGCAGUAUUUUAUUGUCCCUAACUUUCAGAGUGUGCAAAGAAUUCAUUCAUGUUUGAAAAGCUGGGUAAUAUUCAAAUAGAUCAACCAUUGAGGAAGACAAUGGAUUUGCUGAGCCAAUGUCAGGCCAUCCAUACUCACCAGGAAAGUCAGACAGAAUAGUUUCACGAAAGAUUGGAAAUGGACAGUAGUUUUCAGCUUGCUUGACUUUACUGGUCAGUGGAUUAAAGAGUGUUAAUGACUUAUUUUUCUAUAUCUACAAAGAGAUUAUGCAACGGGUUUUAAGAGAGCUGUCUACAAGGCUUGACUCUGCCUUUUAGGCCCAUCUAUGCCCAGGCUCUCGAUGUGGCCUUGCUUGCCUUUGCUCCUGAGUUGUGAUUCUAGGAAUGAGAAACUCUCCAAGAUGAGAUUGUCCAGUAUGUCUGCUGGAGCAGCCAGCGAGUCAUUGCAAAUGAAAAUCAAGACAGAGAGCUUGAAAGGUCAGAGAGGUGCUACAGAUACAGGCCAGCUUCGUGUGCUACUGUUCAUAUACCUGCUGGCUUUCUGAACAGUGUUUGAUCUGAAGUAUGUGUUCCUUCAAGUUCAAGCAUACCUCAACCAGAGUAUGUCUUGUAGUCAAUGAUCAUUUAAUAUCAUGACAAAUUAUAAUUGACAGGUGCUUUCUAUAUACAGAGUAAAGAUUUACAUUCAGUGUUUCAUAUUAGUAAAAAUGGUAAUUACAGUUACAGCUUAGUAGAUAUCAUACUACUUUUAAAGACAAUUUUUAGGGGGAAAAGCUGUUUAUUUAUUUGUUUAUUUCGAGAUGGGGGUCUUCCAUUGCCAUUUCAGCCUUGUCUCAAAUGCUGGAACUCAAGCUGUCUGCUUUCCACAGCCAUCUGAGUCCCUGAGAGCCUCAGGAAUGUACCAAACAUCAGACAGAAUAUUUUUUAGUAUAUGAAUUUUUGUCUGUUUUCAGAGAGGAUUUGUAGACAGUUUGUUUCAAUACUUUGACAAUAGAAUGUAUUUGGCUUUAGUUGUGUUCAGAAGGCAUUGGUGGCACUUUGUUUUACUACGUUAGUGAAAGGGUGAAUUUUUAUACUGUCUUAUCUAGAGUUCUGCAGAUACCUUGUACCCCUGCCUUAAAUAUGAGAACUGCAGAUGGAUCUUUUUGAGCCCUCAACUACCUCAGAAAGACACAUAAUAGGUCUGGGCCUUGCUGUUUCUAGAUCUGACAUUUCCUAGUAACAAUCUGAGUAAUAAUCACAUUAUAAACACUGUGAAUACUUGACGACUUUCUUUUAUAGUUAGGCAGUCUGUCUAGGGGUUGGAACAGUUGUGUCAGCUGUCAGAUGAAGCUCUGCCUCCCAGAGUUUCAAGCAUCCAGGAAAGGUGGGAUGCUGGCCUCAGUAGGGGAAGAGAAAGACUGCUGCAUACUAAGUAUGACAAAAACUCAGUGCGUCACCCUCUAUAAACGAGUAGGAUUCAGGGAUGAUGUUAUUUACCUCUUGUUUAUUGCGAAUGGCAUUUAAUUCCAACCCGAUUGCAGUGAGUUUAUUUUCUCUUAUCUCUGUAACCUGCUUCUGAAUAAAUCUUUGGUUUAAGUGAAA